AUGCAGCUCACUUCCUACCUCGUCUCGGCCAUCCUGGCUGUCACUGCCGUCGCCUCCCCCACACCCGCCGUCGAGAAGCGUGCCACCAAGUGGUGCGACGCCUUUGGCUCUCUCGCAACCAGCGGUUACACCGUCUACCACAACAACUGGGGUGCCAAGGACGCCACUUCCGGCUCUCAGUGCACUACCUUCGAGUCUGCCAAGUCUGGAUCUAUCGCUUGGUCUUCCACCUGGACCUGGAACGGUGGCCAGGGCAAGGUCAAGUCCUACUCCAACGUUGCUCUUGAGAAGGUCAACAAGCCGUUGUCUGCUAUCAAGUCUAUCCCCUCCAAGUGGACCUGGAGCUACACUGGCUCCAACCUCGUUGCUGAUGUCGCCUACGACCUCUGGCUCGCCCCCUCCGUCGGCGCCAACAACAAGUACGAGAUCAUGAUCUGGCUCGGCUCAUACGGCGGUGCUGGCCCCAUCUCCCGCACGGGCAAGAAGAUUGCUUCCCCCAAGAUUGCUGGCACCACCUGGAGCCUCUUCGAGGGCCCCAACGGCGACACCACCGUCUUCUCUUUCGUCGCCCCCAAGAACAUUGGCAACUUCAACGGCGACCUGAUGGGCUUCUUCAACUACCUCACCUCCAGCCAGGGCGUUGCCAAGACCAACGUCGUCACCUCCCUCCAGGCCGGCACUGAGCCCUUCUCUGGAACCAACGCCGUCUUCAAGACCUCCGCUGUCUCCAUCAAGGUCCAGUAA